UUUGAUCUAGUGGCAACUUUAGAAUAGUGAAACAGCUGUUUCCUGAAAUUGUCUACCGUACUGAACAAACUUAAUCCAGUUUAUUUGUAAAUAUAUUUAGUACAGAAAUUAAAUUAAUAAUAUUCAUAGUUUAACAAUUUGAAAUGCGUCGACGAGCUGGGCUAGGAGCUAUCCAACAACAGCAAUUGGCUGCUGAGAAAUAUAAAGACAAAGGUACUGACAUACAGGAAUCACAAUUCGAACAAAUGUCCAAACAAAUGGAAGUUUUUCGUUUAAAACUGGAAGAAUUUGCUGUAAAACACAAGACAGACAUUCGAAAGAACUCCCAGUUUCGUAAACAAUUCCAGGAAAUGUGCGCUGCAAUUGGUGUAGAUCCUCUAGCUACUGGUAAAGGUUUUUGGAGUGUACUUGGAAUGGGCGACUUUUAUUACGAAUUAAGCGUACAGGUCGUGGAGGUGUGUUUGGCAGCAAAUCAUAAAACCGGUGGAUUGAUGGAAUUAAAUGAAUUGCGUAAGCGUCUUAUAGCUGCUCGAGGACAGAGUGCAGUACAUCAAGAGAUCACGAACGAAGACAUUUUGAUGGCUGCGAAAAAAUUAAGUAUAUUUGGAAACGGAUUUGUUGUAUAUAAAGUGGGCAAGGGGAAAUACAUGGUGCAAUCAAUACCAGGAGAACUGAGUUUGGAUGAAACUAAAAUACUGACAGCUGCUUCCAAUACAGAAAAGGGCUAUGUAACACUGAAAAUGCUUACGGAACAACUGGGAUGGAGCGAAUUCCGUGCCAAGCAAUCGUUGGAUAAAGCAGUAAGUGAAGGUUUAUGUUGGGUAGACGAGCAAGAUGAGGAAAAUAACUGGUUGAGUUACUGGUUUCCAAGUUUAUUUCCCGGACGUUAUGCACAGCCUAUUUAAUUAUUUAUAUAUUUUAUUGAUUAUAAAUGUAUGUAUAUAUCAUGCCCUCUAAAUGUAGGUAAUCUCGUAUAUUUUGCACAUUAAAGAAUAUGGUUGUAUGUAUGUAUAUAGAAUUAUAAAAUAUAUACAGUUCGCGUACAGUUCACAGAUAAAUUUGUGAUGCUAACAGUAUUGUCAUUUAAUAUAAAAGAGAAUACAUACAAUUAUAAAUAAAUUUGUAUAGGUUUUAUUCAGUACUUGCAAUAAAUAUUAUUUAAGCGUCA